CUAAAAACUUGCUUUUAAUAGGAUCUCCAAGUUUGUGUAUAGGAACACUGCAGAGUAUCCGAAUCACAUCAACAGUUAACGGCACUGGCUCUGGCACUCUCGUUGUCUGUGGUACAAAUCUGACAGAACAUUUAACUAUCAUGGCUGGAAACGAUGAAAUAUUUCCUUCGUCAACCGGGAGAUAUGAGGUGACUGUUAGUGAGAGUGGGUAUCACAGUACAGUCAACAUUACAGUACAUAACCUGACAGAACGGGAUCAGGGCGUCAUACCACUUUUCUUCUUUACCUGCUGCAAAAGGCGUGUUCACAGUCUGAUAUGGGUGGAUUUAAGAGGUAAAGCAGACCUAGUGAAUUUCAGUUAUCAGGUUACAAACGAAAAUACAGAACAUUUUCUACAGUUGCGAUGUGAGGCAACUGGAUAUCCAAGAUCUUUAACAAUCAAAGUUCAUGGUGAAAAAAAUGUUGUUGCACAUAAAUUAUUCAACACAAGGAACUAUCAGCCAACUAUGGAGUUAAAAACACAGAUUACUGAACAAUUGUGUUCACUUCAUAAGAGUUAUGUUUGUGAAGUGACUGACUUUGAAGGAAAUAUAAGAACACGUAUAUUACACUUAUCAGACCCAACAUGCCCCCUUCGUCUUCUUGAUCUCGAAUCCAACAACAGCGUAAUUAACACAAACGUUAACGACACAGCCAUCUUUAAAUUUAACGUCAUUUCUUCUGCUAACCUCACUGUGAUUAAUGACUCGAGCAUAGCAGACGUCAACAUCACUAAAUGUGUGUCGAAUAAUUGCUUUAACGUCACCAUUUCAUGGACCUCCAUUCAAGAAUUAGACUUCAAGAGCAAUACUAUAAUCCUAGCAGCAGCAAAACAUAGUUUACAUUAUCUGAAAGUCUUCUUUUCAUUCAAAUUGAAAGACCUUCCACAGCUUUGCUAUAAUUUGGAUCCUAACCCUAUCUACACAAUCUACACCCGACCCAGCGCGAACCUGACUGUCAACUUUUGUCUGAAGUCUGGUGUAGACAUACAACAUCAACACAAGAUGGAGGUUUAUGUGGACAACCAACGUCUGUCAGACAAAGAUAUACAAGUAACAAAGUAUAACAGCAGAUAUCAGUAUGGACUGGACAUUGUCUUCCACAAUCAAACUAUUGAAACAACGUUACCAAUAGAAAUAAGAGUGUAUAACCUUACGCUCAAGUGUAAAGUAAACAUUAUUGCUACAGAGUCUUGUAACAACGAGAUCAGAAAUAGGCCAAUCCAAGCCAGAUUUGACCAACCACUGACCAUACAGUUUUGUGUUGUCUCAAGCUCUCCACUACACGACUAUAUCGGGAUAAACGGUCACGUGAUCAAACUCAACACGUCACACGUCUCUAGUCUCAACAGGUAUGUUGGUGUAAGGAGAUCAGGAGAUGACACCUACAAUGUUACUAUUCAACUUAGCCCGGCUGAUGUAGAUGGUGUACAGGUCUUCGAAGUAUUGGUGAAAAAUGUAGAGAGGGAAGCUAUGCCUUUUACGUUUCGGGUUACAUUGCUGAGAGAAAACAAAACAAGUAUUGGACCGACACAUACGUCAAUACCUUCGGCUACCACAUCAAGUUUAUCAGACCCAGAUAAUUCAACUCCAGGUCCCACCUCAUCUGAUAAAGGGACCACAUCACCUCAAAGUAUCAAGACGACUAGCUCUGGUGUCACUGUCUUUCUAAUCAUCGGUGCUGCAGCUGCUGUGGUCUUAACUACCAUAAUUAUUAUCGUCGUCGUAGUUUGUAGAAAGAAAGUGAAAAAGUUUCUAGAGUCUAAUUUUUCAUCGUUACAACAGCAGACCAAUUUAAUACGAAGCAACAACGAUUAUUCUGUUCAAACCUUCGAUGCUAAGACAGGACAACUCAAGAACGAUUGUUCCAAGUUUUUGAUUGAUAGACCAGCAACAUUACAGUCUUCAGAUCUUGAGGAAAACAAUAUAUACAUAAAUGCGCCUGAGCGAUCAUUAAACUCUAAAGGUCUGAACUACAUCACUAUAGACCACACCAACUCACGUGACAGCUUGUCCACCAACAGAUCGAGUCACAGUCAGGAUCACGUGAUCUACGUCAAACUGGACUUUCAGAAAAUGGCGAAGAAAGAAAAAAAGAAAUCCAAACACUAACGGAGAUAGGAGAUAAAGAGAUUGUUGCCAUUCAUAGGAAGAGAUAGACAAUUAAAAAAAAUAGUAUACAAAGGGAGAGCAAUUCAGAGUAGGAUAGAGAUGGUCAGAGAGAAAAGUAGGGAAUAGUGAGAAAGGCAGAGAGAUAGGAGAGAGAAAGCGAGAAAUAUAAUGGAGAGAGACAUGCUGAUGGAUAGAGAGAAAGAGAAGGAUGAGAGAGGGAGUAAUAUGCCUGAAUGUAGAACACAAGAAAGUGGAUAUGAAGUCAAUUUCAAAUUUGAUACAAAGAUAUUAUUUUCAGCCGUAAUCAAUGCUUGUUCCGCUUGAUAGCUUGG